CAAGAGAGUAUAAAAGCCCUCUCCUGUCCACAGUCCUCCAUCAGCUUCAUCGCUUGCCUUCUCUUGCCUUCUCUUCAUCUGAGGAACCGACUCACCUCCAUCACUCAACACCAUGGCCAACUGUGGACUUGCCUCUGCUGUCCCAUCUUGUGAAGCCACUCCAUCCGUUGCCUUUGGAUCCCAAGGAUUUGGAAGAAGCUAUGGUCUUGGCGCCCGAGGAUUUGGUGGAAAUCUUGGCUAUGGUUAUGGCUCUACCUUCAGCUUCGGCAAUGGAUUAGGUUCUGGCUAUGGCCUUGGGGGCAACGUUGCAGAUGCCGCCAGUUUGGGAGUCCUCUCCGGAGUGAACCCAUCUUGCAUCAACCAGCUUCCUCCAUCAGAAGCCGUGAUCGACCCAGCGCCAUUUGUGAUCACCAUCCCCGGCCCCAUCCUCUCCGCCACCCCCGAGCCUCUCCUUGUUGGAGGCAACACUCCUUGCGCUGUGAAUGGAGUUGGCCUUAGUGGAGUUGGUAGUGGAUUUUAUGGUGGGAAUUAUGGUGGGUUUUAUGGUGGUCUAAAUAGGGGGCUAAAUGGUGGUCUGAACAGGGGGCUAUACGGUGGGUAUCUUGGGAACCAUUCCGGAUUCCUGGGAAGAAGUGGCAGCAUCUGUGCAUAAGUUCUUAUGGACUUUUGACCCUGGAAAUGAAACAACGGAACAUCUCACAACGGAACACUCAAUCCUGGGUUUAGUUGGGCUGAACAUCCCCUACUUGGAUGACAUCCAUGGGAGCGGGCCAAUCUUCAGCACCACUAGACAUCAGAGCCACCUCUCUCUUUAACCGUCCUAAAUAUAUGUCUCUCUGUUGUCUCUUUCUGUUUCCAUCUUUAUUUCUCUACAAUCCUUCAACUGAGCACAUUGAAGAGCAUAGAAUGCCUGGACUCCUCCGUCAAUGUACCACCUAUGCCAAAAAAUCUAACGCAACACAGAUCUGCUUAGCCUUUGGUGAUAAUAAUUGCAACUGUGGAACCAAUGGAGUUGCUGUUUGUUCACCUGUGUUCUUUAUGAUUACUCCUUUUCUGAACCUGUCCUGUUUGUUUUGAAUUUCUGUACUUCUAUCUUCAAUAAAAUUGAUUUUGCAUGAUAA